CUUCACUUUGUCCAGUUAAAUUCUUCUCUGUGUCAGGACCCUAUAAAUAACCUUGCGCCUUGACCUCCACCUUUCUUCAUCAAGGUUUCUUCCAAAGCUCUCUGAUUUUACCAAUCGGGCCUCUGUUUCUCUCUCUUCAAUGGCGCUUCGUAAAUUGCUCUCGAAGCGUCUUUCCAACAGUUACGGAGUCGCCUCACCGGCGGUAACACUAGAACACUCUCCAAUUUCUUCCCCAGUCACACAUAAAUCCACACUAACGCCAAAUGCAGCCAAAGCAAAUUUCCAAAUAGAGUACCUGACCUCACCGGAAUCCUCAAAGACGGGAUUUUUUCGGCGGUUUCUUCACCGUAGAUCCAUAAACCAGUUGCCCGAGUUUCUAUCCCUUCCGGUCGGUGAGAAGCUGAGGGAAAGGCUCAAAGGUACCAACAUUACCAGAGACCGGCUCCGCCUGGAUGGACUUGCACCUCUGGAGCAGGAACCGGUGCCCGGAGAUCCCAAUCUCUUUGGAAUUUCGGUUCAGGAUGCGAAAAAACUUUUAAGGCUCUGUCAGGUGGAGAAACUGAAAUCAAGGCUGAGGGAGAUUCCACAGAAUUCGAUUUCGUACUCUGAGUUGAUUCAGAUUUCCGUUGAGGAGUGUGGGAAUGAAGAGCAAGGGGUCGAACUUGCGAAGAUGUUGGAUCAGUCUGGAAACGUCAUCGUUUUGGGUAGUAUUGUGUUUCUCCGGCCCGAGCAGGUGGCAAAAUCGAUGGAGAGUAUAAUAUCACAAUCCACUGCUACUCCUAAUGACCCAAGAAAAAAACAACUGGAUCACAUGGAGCAACAAAAGGCCAUUAUUGACCGAAAAGCCCGAGCCCAAGUUCGUGGCGAGCUUUAUUGUGGGCUAGGCUUUUUAUUGGCCCAAACACUUGGGUUCAUGAGGCUAACGUUUUGGGAACUCAGUUGGGAUGUGAUGGAGCCCAUAUGUUUCUUUGUCACUUCACUUCACUUUGCACUUGCCUAUGUCUUCUUCCUCAGAACUUCAGUUGAGCCUUCUUUUGAAGGCUACUUCCAGCGAAGAUUCAAGGCCAAGCAAAAGAAACUCAUGGAAAUCAAUAAUUUUGAUCUCGAAAAAUAUAUCAAGCUCCGAAAAGCGUUCUAUCCGAACAUGGGUUAUGGUUAUCCUCCAUCCGAAUAUUAUAAACCCAGCAAUGGCGAUGAAGAAACAUUUCUUCGGUCCAUGCACCAUUAGAAUGAGUUUGUAGGUUAACAAAGAAGCAAAAAUGGAUGACUAGUUUUUUGUCUUCAAUUAUGAAUAAUUCGGGUCCAUUAGAUUUAAUCUAAUUGAAGGUAGUUGUAGUAUAUAGUUUUGAAGGAAUUAUGUAUAUACAUUGAACAGUGUUAAAAUACAGACUUGGAACAAAGUUUUGAGUGGUUUUAGAUCGGA